UUGGAUGAUUGUAGAAAAUAAUUUUUUGAUCUUUAGCUUCUUGCCAUUUUUUAUGUUAUCUCAGCUCUUUUUGUUGACUGUAACUGCCUGUUUGAUUGCUGAGAAAAACUCAGGAAAAUUAGGAGAAAAAUUAACAUGAGAAUUUCUUUCUUUCUUUUUUGAAGUUUUGAUUCUCAUACUAAUGAAAGAUUAAAAAUCUUUUAUUUUUAAGCAAGUAAAAAGGGUUACUUUUUUUCUCCUCUGAUUAGUUACUUGACUGGAUUAAUUUCGGGUAGUCAUAUUGAGACAAUGACCAGGGUAACCCGUGAUUUUGGAGAUACUAUGCAAAAAGAUGCUGUCCCAGCUGUAUCAGCUGAUGUUGCAUUUGCUUCUAGUCGGUUUCCUAAUUACAAAAUUGGAGCUAACAAUCAGAUUGUGGAUGCAAAAGAUAGCCCAAAAGUAUUGUCCAUGAAGGAGGUUGUGGCACGCGAGACUACUUUACUUUUGGAACAGCAGAAACGCCUCUCUGUCCGUGACCUUGCCAAUAAAUUUGAAAAGGGAUUGGCUGCUGCUGCCAAGUUGUCAGAAGAGGCUAGGCUCAGAGAGGCAGCUUCAUUAGAGAAACAUGUUCUAUUGAAGAAGCUUAGGGAUGCGCUAGAAUCAUUAAAAGGACGAGUGGCUGGUAGAAACAAGGAUGAUGUGGAAGAGGCUAUUGCCAUGGUGGAAGCGUUAGCAGUUCAGCUGACUCAGAGGGAAGGAGAGUUGAUUCAAGAAAAAGCAGAAGUAAAGAAGCUAGCAAAUUUUCUCAAGCAGGCUUCAGAGGAUGCCAAGAAACUUGUCGACGGGGAAAGAGCUUAUGCUCGUGCUGAAAUUGAGAGUGCAAGAGCAGCAGUACAGAGGGUGGAAGAAGCGAUUCUGGAACAUGAACGAAUGUCUCGAGCUUCUGGAAAGCAGGACUUGGAAGAAUUAAUGAAGGAGGUUCAAGAGGCUAGAAGGAUCAAAAUGUUGCAUCAGCCAAGUAAGGUUAUGGACAUGGAACAUGAGAUACGUGCAUUGAGGAUUCAACUUGCUGAGAAGUCUAAACGUUCUCUGCUGCUUCAAAAGGAGCUGGCAAGGAGCAGGCGAGCGGAGCAGAGCAUAUUUCAAUUAUUUGAAUUGGAUGGCACUGAAGCUUUAGGUUCGUGUUUGCGGAUCAAUCCUUGCUCUGAUAAUGCUCCAGAACUUUCAAAAUGUUCCAUUCAGUGGUAUCGUCUAUCAUCUGAUGGUGGAAAAAAGGAGCUUAUAUCAGGAGCUACCAAACCAGUUUAUGCUCCAGAGCCUUUUGAUGUUGGGCGAGUCUUGCAAGCUGAAAUUAUUUCUGAUGGCCAACAAUUUUCUUUGAGCACUACUUGUCCCAUUGAUCCUGCUGCUGGUCUGGGAAGUUAUGUGGAGGCACUUGUGCGAAAACAUGAUGUUGAAUUCAAUGUCAUUGUUACCCAGUCAAAUGGGGCAGAUCAUCCAUCAGAAUCUAUUCAUGUGCUUCAUGUCGGAAAGAUGAGGAUGAAGCUUCGCAAAGGGAAGUCGACAAUUGCUAAAGAGUACUACUCUACUUCAAUGCAGCUGUGUGGAGUUAGAGGAGGUGGGAAUGCUGCAGCUCAAGCAUUGUUUUGGCAAGCAAAGACAGGGCUUUCCUUCGUAUUAGCAUUUGAAUCUGCAAGAGAGAGGAAUGCAGCCAUAAUGCUUGCAAGAAGGUUUGCUUUUGAUUGCAAUAUUAUGCUUGCCGGGCCAGAUGACAGAGCUCGUUUAGGAUCGUAAACCAACCUCCAUUAGUCUUCUGUUUCACUAGUUGUAAUUAAGUUGAGUUUACAAAUGUACCGUAGGUUUGUAAUAGUAGGAAUUGGCAUGCAUGAUUGUGUUAUGGGCUUCCACCGUUCUUUUUUCUUUUUCAUUCGUAAAUUUUUCCGAGGCAUUGUUUUUUUAUUGUGCCUUCGUGUAGUGGAGAUGGAUUGUAGCCGUCUCAAAUCUCUUAAACAUAACUGCUGGUGUUGAAUGGUUUUUUGUAUGAUGGCUGCGCAAUUGGUUAUUGUUUUAAGAGGUGUGCUAUAUUUCGUCCAGAA